AAUCCAGUCCUUGAAUUUGUAAUGAACAACAAUAACAUUAAAAACCAACGUCUUCAAUAUGAAUCGGAGCUAUUCAGGUCACCCCGCGAUGCGAUAGCGAUACCCCGCUGAGAAAUUUUCUGUUCUCAGAAAUUUCCUCCCUUGACUUCCCCGCAGAUUUACAAAAGAUAUCCUCCCAUUAUUCCUCAUCAAUGUUGGUCUCAAGAAAAUUAUGGGUAAUAUCCGAUAAUAUUUCUGGAUCGUUUCAAAAUUGGGAUAUCACUGACCGGAAUGGAUUAUCAAAAGCAUCACUAUUCAGAACUUAGACUUCCAAAGGACAUCCCUAUACACCAUAAGCAACCUGUAAACUUUUUCGGGAGGAAAUCCAAUAGGAAUCCAUUAUUGGCCAUAGAGUAUAAUUUCCAUCCAUGGCCGAUUUCGUCGCUGUCAAGCCUUAUAUUUAAUUUCUAUUUUAAAAUGAAGCAUCUUCAAUGAUUUUAAGUGGGUUUAUAGUGUGGUAGUGAUCGUGUGGCGGCGCGGUCUUGGUGAUACGGUUCCUAGGUCGGUGGCACCAUGUUCAGCGGAACGGUGCGCGUUAAGGUCUGUGAGGCCACUGGUCUCAGGCCGACCGACUUUCAGAAAAGGCACAACAUGACCUUCGGGAAACCAGACGACCAGCCGAUAGAUCCGUACGUCUCGAUCGACGCCGACGAGCACCAUAUCGCGCGCUCGACCACCAAACCCAAAACUUUCGACCCCGUAUGGAAUGAACACUUCACCCAGGAUGUGCACAAUGUCACCAAUUUGGGCAUCACCGUGUUCCAUGAUGCUGCCAUACCUCCAGACGAUUUUGUUGCCAACUGUAUGAUCCCCUUUGAGGAUUUAAUGCACAGAGAUAAAGACGCCUCAGACUUCUGGGUGGAUUUAGAACCUCAAGGAAAACUACAUCUAAAAAUAGAUCUGAAAUGGAAUUCUCAAGCAGGGCACGUGGAGGUGAGCCGCGCGGCGACGGGCCGGCGCGAGUUCAAGGAGGGCGCGGGGUUCGCGCGGCGGCGCGGGGCCAUGCGCCGCCGCGUGCAUCAGGUCAACGGACACAAGUUCAUGGCCACCUUCCUCCGCCAGCCCACCUUCUGCAGCCACUGCCGGGAGUUCAUCUGGGGUCUCGGCAAACAAGGAUACCAAUGCCAAGUGUGCACUUGCGUGGUCCACAAGCGGUGCCACUCCUCCGUCGUCACCAAAUGUCCUGGAAUGAAAGAAGAACAACAAAGCGGCGUGGGCGUGUCGGGCGGGCAGCGGUUCAACGUGAACGUGCCGCACCGGUUCGUGGUGCACUCCUACAAGCGCUUCACCUUCUGCGACCACUGCGGCUCGCUGCUCUACGGCCUCAUCAAGCAGGGGCUGCAGUGCGAAGUAUGUUCGAUGAACGUGCACAAGCGAUGCCAGAAGAACGUGGCCAACAACUGCGGCAUCAACACCAAGCAGAUGGCCGAGAUCCUCAACGAGAUGGGCAUCUCCCCGGACAAGAACCCACGGCCCCGGACCUCCAAGUACUCGAACACCGCGAUGCUGGAGGGUGCUUCGGAGCUGGCGUCGUCCGCUGACUGCGACUCCAAGGACCCCGCCGACAAGGGCGACGACAAAGGUCACAUCCGUACGCACUGGGACGACCUCGCCGAUAUAUUCGCCUGCCAAGACUACACAGGCGAGGCGACGUGUGGGUCGUCGCGACACAAGGUCAGCCUGGACGACUUCCACUUCAUCAAGGUGCUCGGCAAGGGCUCCUUCGGGAAGGUCAUGCUGGCUGAGAAGAAGGGCACGGAGGAGGUGUACGCAGUGAAAGUCCUGAAGAAGGAUGCCAUAAUCCAAGACGACGACGUGGAGUGCACCCUAACUGAGCGUCGCGUGCUGGCGCUGGCGGCGCGGCACCCCUUCCUCACCGCGCUGCACUCCGCCUUCCAGACCAGGGACCGGCUGUUCUUCGUCAUGGAGUACGUGGACGGCGGCGACCUCAUGUUUCAAAUACAGAGGGCGAGGAAGUUCGACGAGCCGAGAGCUAGAUUCUACGCGGCGGAGGUGACGCUGGCGCUGCAGUUCCUGCACGAGCACGGCGUGAUCUACCGCGACCUGAAGCUGGACAACAUCCUGCUGGACAGCGAGGGCCACUGCAAGCUGGCCGACUUCGGCAUGUGCAAGGAGGGCAUACUGGAUGGCGCCACUACAACCACGUUCUGCGGAACACCGGAUUAUAUUGCCCCUGAGAUCCUGCAAGAGCUGGAGUACGGCCCGUCGGUGGACUGGUGGGCGCUGGGCGUGCUGCUGUACGAGAUGCUGGCGGGACAGCCGCCCUUCGAGGCUGACAACGAGGACGAUCUGUUCGAGAGCAUCCUGCACGACGACGUGCUGUAUCCGGUGUGGCUCUCGCGCGACAGCGUCUCCAUACUCAAGGGGUUCAUGACGAAGAACCCCGUGCGGCGGCUGGGCGUGUGCGGCGGCGCGGGCGGCAUCCGCGCGCACUCCUUCUUCAAGGAGGUGGACUGGGACGCGCUCGCCAGCAGGAAGCUGCGCCCGCCCUUCAGACCUAAAGUGAAGAGCAAGCGCGAGGCCGCCAACUUCGACGCGGAGUUCACGAAGGAGGAGCCCGUGCUGACGCCCGUGCCCAACGACGUCAUCCGCACCAUCAACCAGGAGGAGUUCAACGGCUUCUCGUUCGUAAAUCCCGACUUCAACCCGCUGCCCGCCAGCCAGCCCUGAAUUCGCCCGCACACCGUCACUACAUCACUCUAGUGCAUAUUUUAGGGCCGAAUGUUACUUCAUUAUCUCUAAAGAACAAUUUGUAAUCUACGUUUGAGAGUAUUGUUUGCUAAAGAGGGAUCUCGUAUGUUCCCUUUCUAGUCGAAGGAUAUUUAUGUCCUUAAUAUAGGACUUAAGGUUUUGCGUCACUACUUCCUAGGGACGGACGUCUACCGCUCCUGUCUCUGGUUAAGUCUGACAAAUUUACCUUUAGUCAUAAGUUAUUACGUGUAUAAAAUACGUAUCGCUAGGAAGGAAUAUACGAACAGUGUUCCUUUUUAAGAUUACCCGUCAAGCGACUUGGGCCUCCGCGGGGUAGUGCGUUAAUGCCCACGUUAGGGCUUCGGACGCGGGACGGGUACACUAUCAAACUCAUCUACUUAUCAGGUGAUACGAUAGUUCCAAAUUGACGUUUAUAGAAGUAAAACGUUCCGCAUUCAUCAUGUAGCUAAUCCAGUAUAAUUAACAUAAGAGUUUGGUCGCUACUGGCGACGAAACGUACCUUUUUGGGAUAGAUUUAAGUGGCAAAUAGUCAUAUUUCUAAACAGAGAUGAUGAUGUCGACGUGUAUUUGACAGUUUUAUUGAACUUAAUUUAAAACUGUAUAGCAAGGACUAAUAAGAACUUUGCCUACAGCACAACUGCUGUACUUGAGAUCGAUUUCAGAUAAUAUAUCUUAUAUUACUAGUACUAAGCUGUACUAAAUUAAAAUGAAUGGACCCUUCGGUUACCUAACCCGAAGUAGUCCGAUUUAAAAUUACAUUGUAUUUUAAAAUAUAUAAUUUAUAGAUAAACUUCAAUUGGUAACAAUUUGAUUUUAAAUUUGCCAAGCUGAAAUUGUCAAGUACAUAUUUUACGGGUAAAGUGCUUAUUGUCUUCAAGUGUAGUGCCACUGUUGAAGUGGUAAUCUGCGGAAACUAUCACAAAUCCCGGCCAAACGAUGGAGCAUAAACAAGAUUGUUUUCUUAUGAUAUUCUGUCCAAUCACUAGCCAGAUUAUGAUGUAUUUGGCUGAUCUGUGCAAUAGAUUAGUUGCCAUAGUAGUGCGUGUUUUGGAUAUCGUCGUCCAAGAGUUAUACGCCAUGUUCUUCUCGAACAAAACAGCUCUUGUUUGUAGGCUUUUCGGCGUUAAUAACUCUAAAAAGUUAUAAAAAAUCGCGCGAUGAAUAUUUUCUUCAUCGAGAUUAUAUUAUUCGGAAAGUUUAGAGCAAUUAUUGAUUGUUGUAAAUAUUGAGAAUUUUAAUGCUCGGGUGAAAAGUCGGCGCGGCGCCGCAGUCGGCGCACCCGCCGCAGCUGAUGGCUCAUAAAUAUGUCUGUUCUGUUGCGUAAUUAUAAAAAAAAAUAUGUCUCAAUCUUACAUGAGGGCUCACAUGUCAGAGACGGACGUCAAAAUAGUCGUAGGUUUAAGUGGAAAUUCGUGUUUACGCGAGUUUUUCUUAGAUAUAAGUUGCACAGAGAGACAAUGGCUGAUGGGCCAUCGGCUAAGUUCGGGUGCGCUCGGCUGCGCUCGCGCGCUCGGAAUCAAAAACCCCAUUCGCGUUAGUGGCGUGCCGUGUGUGUGCGUGCGUGUGCGUGCGUGUGUGUGCGUGUGUGUGCGUGUGUGUGCGUGUGUGUGCGUGUGUGUGCUGCGGGGAGGGACGCACCAAUACACUGGCUAUAGAGUGCCAAUAGAGGAUAUAAACUUGGAUUACAUAGACAAACGUUUAGAUAGAUACCGUAUUUUGGCUAUGAGAUAUUUCUAUCGAUCAUUACUAAAACUAUUAAUUGUUACAAAAUUAUUUGAAAUAUCAAUGGCCUAAAUGUUUGUGUGAAAAUUUCGAGAUUGUAUCAAAAAUCGAGCACGGCGAGUGUUGCGUGCUCGAAUUUUGUUUGAGACAGGUUUGAUUGGUAACAAUGCUAAAAGUUAGAGACUAAUCGUUUGAGUUUUUUAAACAGUGUAUAUGCAGUAUCUAUAUAGAAGUAUGUCUAUUAACAUAUCUCGUCUCUUUCGCUCGUGCCCAUUAUAUAGUAGGGAUAAGUGGGAUAAAACUUUAUGUUCGCUAUUGUUGCUCUCAUUGUCAGGUUUAUGUAACGAUGCGGCAACAUCGUAAUAAACCUUUAGAAAUAAUAUCGUCUUUUUAUCGCAAACUAAUAAUUGUAAAGGCAAAUUCGGCGUACUCAAUGCUUAAAGUAUUAUUUGACUUUUAGCCUUUAGUUGGAAGAUUUAAAUUUUUUCGGGGCAUUCCGUACAUAUCAAGAAUUGACAAUUAAACAAACAAAAAUACACGGCAAUGCCAUAAUUUUAAAAUUCCAAUUGCAAUGUUGCCGCAUCGUGGCCUCCGUUAAGAUAUGUUCCGUGAAUUUUUAAAUAUAUUCUUCGUGGCACGUCGGCGCGAAGGUUCCUACUCGCUCGCUUCUAGUCCUAUGUUGUGUUGGUCGUAGUACACAAUACUCAAUACAUGGCGACCAUUUUGUGCCCAUAUUAGUAUUCGAUGCGUUACAGGUAAAUUUUGUUAAGAUACGUCGAUCUAUUGACGAUAAAUGUUAUUUUAAAGUACUUCUAGGAUAUGUUGCGUUGGUUUCGAAGAAGCUAUAAUUGGUAAUUUAGAGAAAGGGCCUUCCCAUCGUCCUUUCUCUAAACACCGAUGCCGUGGGUUAAUUUAUUCAGGCGAAAAAAAAAAAUCAUCAAUAUUAUUUUUCAUUGUAAUUUCGUUGGCAUGUCAGUUUUUUACCAAUAGGUAGGUGUUUGUGACGUAAAAAUCCUAGAAGUACUUACGAAAAAAUCAAGUUUUAAAUUUAUUUGUAUUGUAACACUUUUGUGUUGAGAUUACUUGAAAGUAUUUUGUUAAAGUAUUUUUUUUUUUUACUUUUAUUUUUACAAGUACUCAAAGUACAAACUUAAUGCGCCUGUUAUAUCAUUUGAAGGUUGAUAGUUGGAGUGUUGUUGCAAUUAUGAUUUACGAUGCAAGUAUUUUUGUAUCAAUCUCAAUUUUACUAUUUGACCUUGAAAACUGCCUAUUUACAACAUAAUUUAGAGUGAUUAAAAAAAUCAACUAGUCUUUAUUUAAAAAUAUGCGAGCAUAAAACAAUUUUCAGUUACAUCCUUUACGCUUUACAAAUAUAUAGCGAGCUUUUAAGCAUAGUCUAUUUUUAAUACAAAUAUAUAUCUUGAGAAAAAGAGACAGAUAUAUAAUUUUAUUUCGACGAGGCAGUUUUCAAGCCAAGUGGUAUUUUACACAUGAAUCUGUUACCGUUCACUCUCGUAUUUAAUGUGCAGAGUGGCGGUUUUCUGAUCUGUCUAGUAUUAUAUUUAGUUGUAGGAUAACCGAAACCAAAGUUAAGUUUACGUUUAAGUUUAACGGAACAUAGAUAAGUAAUUUAUUUGUAGUGGGAUGUUUUAACAUACGCUCUGCGGCGAGCGAACUUGACCAAAUGAGAUUUUGACAGAUACUUGGAUAAGAUCAUUGACAUACAGCAUAUCCGUUCGUUCUCGCUCCAGAUUGAGAAGCGCGAUAUGCGAAAGUCCUUUUAAAACUAAUCGUUCAGCCGUCACACGGAAUAACUCGAAAACUAAUAUUAGGCAAUGGGCUUUCACCACCAGCCAGCGAAUUCGCAGAGAAAGGUUAGUUUUUAAACAAAAUUAUGACGUUUGUGAAACUAACUUAUCACAACACCUGACGGCUGAUUCGGCUCCCAUUUCCAGAAUGUUAAAGUGAAGGGUUUUUAAUUAAUAGUGUUUUUAUUGGUGAAGUUAGUUCGUCGCAGAGCAGAGUUUGUGCAGUUUCGCCUGAUGGUCGAGUCGGCGCAGCGAUCGAAGCACAAAUGUAAUGCUUUAUGUAGUUGUUAGUGUAUAAUAAUAUAAAUAUAAAUCGUAAAUCUCUGUACGUGUUCCCGUAUUGACAUGUUAAUGUAAUUAUCAUAUUUUUAAUCUAAUAAUUUAUUUUUCUAUUGUUUUUUUUUCGUUUCGAGUGAACUAACAUUUUGUUAGCUGUUCAAUUGAGGUGUAAAUAGCAUAUAAUGACUUGUAUCUGCCUGUUUUGAUAGCAAUUUGUGAAUGAAUAUCUGUCCAAAACAAAUUGGUAGGAACAUUUUUUCUAGUCUGUUUGCAAAAAGGUUCAUUCUACUGUGACCUGACCAACGAUAGAUAUUAGUGUUUUAGAAGCUGUUGACGCAAAACAAAAACUCUUUCUGUUAUGGCUCUCGGCUGAGAUUGUAACAUAAUAUAUGUUUUAUUUUACGCUUUAUACCCUAGUAUUUGUUGUUUAUUUGGCGAGAUGUACAAAAAGCACUAACAUAACAAGAUCGAGACAGGUUUGUGAUUUAUUGGCUGAACAAAACUAUUUUUAAAUAUUUUAUUUUUAAUAUAAGAUGUUAAACUAUCACGGGCAGUACAAAAGAUUUUAUUGAGUAAAUUUUGCUAUACCUUAACUGUACUUUUAGUGUACUGUGAAAUGUGUAUCGGACUAAUCACCAAGAAUGAUGUGGUUAGUCCGUCAAGUUACGAUGUUUAUUCUAGAGAAGUGUAUCGGCCGGGAGCAUAUCGGAAUAAGUGCCACGUGCUCAGCGUUUAUUCCGGUUUAUACAAUGCGUAGACUGAGACAGCUAUAGAUCCCUUAAUAUCUUCAAUUUCGCUCAUACAAGGGAGAUCUGUUUUAGAAAUACAUAAGAAGAAUUGAGACAUCUCGCGCCAUCCGCAUCAGACUGGGUCCGGCCGGGAAGUUAUAAUUAAUAUUUAGAUCUAAUUUGAUUACUCAUCCGUCGUCUGUAUAGUUUUCUUGGUCUCUGAUAAAAUUUGACUCGUGUAAAAUUGAAUAUCUAUUGACAUCUCAUUUGACAGUUUACGUUUGACAGAGAUUCUCACGACAUUUAGUUGUUGUCCGUGAUAAUGUCUGCUUUAUUACGAGUAUAUAUAUCAUAUGUUAUGGCCGCGGGGAACUAAUACGUUUCACGGCCCGCGAGGCGCUUUACGUGUUUUUGCGUUUAGGGACCGAGGUAUAGCUACAUAUAUAUAGUAUAUUUCAGUUGAAAUUUAAUUCAUUAACAAACAAACUAAGGGACAGUAAGCAAGCAAGGCUUUAUAUAUAUAUAUAUAUUUAAUUGUUUAAAUUAAGCAAGGUUUUUUAUAUAUCAAUUUAUUAAAUAUAAAUUGGCAAAAUUACUUAAGAAACAAUUUGAUCGUCCUGAUAGAACCGUGAACGAGGAAGGGACGAAUCCAAGAAGUGCUAGUUCAAUGUCACCAUAGACAGCCAGCUUGUAGAAUGAGAAUGGAGAUGGCGACUCGGAGUGGGGGAGCCUGGGCUCCGACGUUUUGUUAUUUAUAUAUAUGCCUAUAAUUUAAGUUAUUUACACGUUAUUUUUGUUUUAAAAAGUUUAAUAUACUGGCAACAUUCACAGAACUCGACCAACACUUUUUAAUCUGUCCUCUUUAGUAUGUUCUACUCUCUGGUUACAAAAAAUAAAAUAAUAAAUAUGUAGCUACACAAGCGGUCCCAAUGUCGGUUUGUACGCAUCGUAUUCUGAACAUUUCUCUGUUAGUAGUGUAAGUUAAUGUGCUGAUUAAUUUUUCGAUGUGGAUCAUACUAAUACAAAAUUAUAGAUUAGAUUAGAGUAGGUCGAAGCGCCUGGUUUAUUUCGAAGUCAUAGUUGUGUGUCACAUCGUGUUAUGUUCACGCAGGUGUGCGUUGUAUGUAUGUGCGGUUGUGUCGUGGUUAUAUUGCUCUUGUGAUAUAGCGACGAGAUGAUAAUCACUCGUUGAGGAUUCAGCUGAGAAAAUACGUGCAAAUGACAAAUAGGUUUGAAUUUUAUUGUUUUGUUUGUCAAAAGACAGUCCUACUGCGAAUCAUUGGCGCAAUAGGCUGAGGGAAUCAUCAGUUUUUACUAUAUUAACGAUAUUUGGCAUUACUUUAGACUUUAAUUUUACACGCCAAAAAUAUUAUAAUGAUUAGCCAUUGUAAUGAAAUAGACUUAAUAUUUUAUUAAAAUUUCUUUGUGUUCUUACUUUUGUAACGUUAAAUUUUAUUCAGUCUGAAAGCUGUUUCUAGGCUGAAAUCUCGACGAGAUUCUAGCUAAAUUGUGAUGUUCGUUUAUUUAACAAAUUAUAAUAUAUUCCAGUCACAGCACAGCCGACCUCUCGGGUUUUUGAUGAAGUUUUCAUUUUUUGAAAUUUUACACUAUUCUGUUUCUUAUUAUUAUUAUUAUAAAUUGUAAUGAAAUAUUAAAUAGAUGUUAUGACGUAGUACAAUUUUAACUGUAGGUGGCGUGGCGGUUGCUGUGUGUGUACAAACACAAGGUAGAGCUCACCUGCGCAUAGUUUUAUGAGACGCUAUUUUGAAUUGUAUUAUAUUGAUAUACGGGUGGCAGCGCCAUUGUUUUACACAACAUCACUCCUGUCAUUUUCAUUGUUGAUUGUGUGAUUCUGCUCGGCGACUUAUAUUCUAAAAUAUUUUAAUAUCUUUGUUAAUUUUCGAUGAAUUUCAGAUUGAUUUUUAGCCUUGCACUAGUUUAAAAAUAAUUUUUAUGCUUCGCGCAUUUCUCUGCAAAGCCAAUAAAUAGCAAAGAAACUUCCUAAAUAUAGAAAUGGUGUUAAAACAUACGUAAAAAUGUUAAGAACUAUGGACACGAACAAUUUCGCUUCAAAUUUAGUUAUAUUGGGAAAUGCGCGACAAUUGAACGUCAUAGCACACUUAUAAGGCAAGAUGUCGUUCCAAAAGUGAACUCUGAGGCGUCCUCUGAAGACAUACUUUGCAUUGACAACAAGAUAGCUGGCUGCUCGUUGUCAGCUCUCGUCUUGUCAAUGUAAAGUAUGUCUACAGCAGGCGUAUUAAAGUUCUCUUUAAAGUGAACGUCAUCUUGCCGGGUGGGAGCGGUGCGGUAGAAGUGUGCUAUGACGUUCAGGUGCAAUAGUUUGAGUGGUGGUGCUUCUGUAUCAGUUGUACGUCUGUCACCGACUGUGCCAAAUAUCCUCCACGGUGGCGGUGGCCGGCCCGAAAUUCGAUAUUAUUUAAUUAUUUAAAUUUUACACGAUUUGAACACUAAAUGUUUAAAUUUAGAUAAAAUUAAACGAGAUGUUACUUCACAUUGCUUAUCCUUUUGGUGCUAAAUUUGCAAUUUAUUCUAUAUUUAUUCAAAAAAUAUAACAGUACGAAUACGCUUUUAGUAUAGAAUGAAUUUGCUUUGGACCGGCCACCGAUCACUGUUUAUACAUAGCUUGUAUACAUAGCAUAGUGCGACAGCAUACUGCGCUCCUACACUAUGUGCUGUACGCAUCACGAACAAAAAAAAAAACAAUUAAACUCGACACUAGACUUCAAAAUGUGACGAGAAAGACUCUGUAUCAUAGAUGAGUUUACUCCCAGUGUUUUUCCAAAAAAUCGGGCGCAAACCCAAUUGGGGCGAUGGGUUUCGGAAGAAACUGGCAAAAUACUGGACAGAAACCCGUCUCUGCUCGGUUGUUAUCCGACAUUAACACGAGUCCAACGCGAAGUGAUGCGUGCAGCGCCUCACACAUAUAAUUGCAAGUUUCACUACGUCAAUCGUACGGUAAGAUAUGCUUAUAGUCGGCGACUGGGGUUUAUACGAACAGACCAAAGUGACAAUUGUAUUUUUCAUUUUGAUGUGGAGUGAAUAAAGAUAUUUUUAUUUUUUAUUUUAUUUUUAAUGAUGGAUACAAGUAAUCAAAUAAUCAGAAAAUGGUGGCAGUAGAGACGUAUACAGUUUACUUUUAUUAUCUUUUUAAUACUUUUUGUCUACGUAUUUUUUUUUUCAUUAAAAUCUUUUUUUAUAUUUAGAAUAUUUAAUUUUUUAUGCAGUUUUUAUAUUCUGUAAAACACUAUAGUCUGAGCGUAUAAACGUUGCUCAGGUUUACCCGAGAUCCGUUACUCACCAUUACAUUAAUAGACAGUAUAAAGUUGAUUGUUCGUAGUAAAAUUAUCAACUAAUGUAAGGUGGACUUAGACGCAACUGAUUGCAGUCGCGCGCGACUGACGUGCUACCUUAGGCUUGUGCGACAAUAUGACAAUUUAUUUAUUACGCACUGAAUACUGAAAUGCUACAAUAGACCAAGACGACGACAACGAACUUAAUGCCGACUCCACAUCCAUUCCAUCGCCCAUUUUGGCAAAUUAUACCAUCGGCCAUCAUUUUGCCAAACUUUGGAGGUUUCGACGUAUAUGCUGGUUUUUCCUUGCGGUAAAAUAAAGCUGACAUACAAACUACACAACGUACUUCAAUUCGCAUCGACAUCAGCCUGAAUUUGCUAUGUCAUGCUGCCCAUAUAGUAUUAUUGUCGCACUAGCCUGCCUAUUCGGUGGUGUGUUUAGUCUUGCGUUGCGAUCAGUCAACGGCUAAGUCGAUGUGUAGCGAGCGCAGUCGCGCGACUAUCGCGUCGCCAGUCGCUCGGUCCAGCAGGAACGAACCAGUUCGAUGCCAUUUAAAAUAAGUUACGCUAGUAACUCGACAUAUCACGCUGAUUUUGUUACUUUAUCUAUAUACUUUAUAAUAGAUUCACUCGAUGGUGCACUAUGAAUGUCCUGUGUCAAACAUAGCGCAUUGUAUUGGGUUCAUUUGCAAAUUUCAUAAGCCUGGGAUAAAGUUUUGUGAAGCGUUUUGUUGGGCGAAAAUACUUUGUGAACCCAAGAUUAUUUUUUGCUUUAAGCUAUUUCAGUUUAUAAACUGAAGUUAUAACCAUUUACACGAUAUCAAUACAGAAGACAACAUUCUACCUUUCAUAAGUAUUUUUUUUAAAACAACAAAUUUGUGACUUCGAGUUGAUUCUUGUAAAUGGUCGUUAAGAAUAAAAAGAGAUGGUUGGCGGUGUGUACGGAUGUAACGGGCUAAUUUGUGGUAUUGUGUGUGUUGACGGAGAAAAUGUGGUUAUACCAACUGAUAUGUACGUAAACUUCCUUCACCUGUCGCAUUUCUUGUGUGCAAUAGGUAUAUUAUGCUAACUGCUCCACUUUGCGACAGACAUUAAAUUAAUUAUUAACACGUUAUUUUGACAGUUGCUAUAAUCACUUUAAUGAAUCUACUUAUUGUGUAUCGCUUUAUUAUGUAAGGAAUUUGUAUGUAUUUAAUUUUUUGUGGAAAUUGCAAAUGAACGGAGCAUGUUAUUUUUUACACAUUUUUAUGGGCUUUUAUAAACAUAAAUAUAUUUUACGCUUCCCAGAGGUGUUUUAGCCAAAGAGUGGUAUUUGUACAAAAUGGCUUUGAGCCUUAUUUUGUUGUUUAUUAGUUAAAUAUUGUCUUGCCAGUGGUUAUCCCGUAAUAUGUUGAAUAGGAAGCAUUUUCGAUACAAAUGUUAUGUGUGGUCGACGGCCGCGGUGUGAGGUGGACCUUGCAGCACUUAGUGUAUCGUAGAUGUAAAGUUACCAAUAUAGCAUUUUUGUAUGUGUUAGCAGACUUGUCGAAUUUAAUUCAUCACAAUCUCUUAUUGUUUAACGUAUGCUAGUCAAUCAAAUAAUAAUUUAUUAUACAAGGUACACCUCGCACUGAGCAGUCAUGUGUUUACAUUGUGUUAAUUAAUUGUAGCUAACACAGAGAGUAUGAGAUCUGUUGAGCGGGGUGCGGGAGGAGACCGACGUUCGCGUCUUGUCAGUGCGAGAGUUUGUUAACAACUGACUAGUUUACCGUGCCGCACACUAGAGGGCGACGCUGGCUUACCCCCACCCACGCUUUUGUAUUUGUUGUUUGUUCACUGAUCACUAUUAGGACACAUUUAGAUGAGUAAAUUAAUGCAUAUAAUAUAGUUUUAUGAUGAAAUAAAAUAUGUAUAUGUAAUCCUACAUGUCUAUUAAAUCAAUGAAAAUAGAUUAUAAA